GCACCAUGAGGCGGCCGGGGGGCUCGCUGCUGUUGCUGCUGCUGUUCGGCUCCCUGCUCCGCGCACACGGCCUGGCCAGCAGUCCUGAAUGUGCGUGUGGCCGAAGCCACUUCACAUGUGCAGUGAGUGCCUUGGGGGAGUGUACCUGUAUCCCAGCUCAGUGGCAAUGUGAUGGUGACAAUGACUGCGGGGACCACAGUGAUGAGGACGGCUGCAUGCUUCCCACCUGCUCCCCUCUGGAUUUUCACUGUGACAAUGGCAAAUGCAUUCGACGCUCCUGGGUGUGUGAUGGCGACAACGACUGUGAGGAUGACUCAGAUGAACAGGACUGUCCCCCUCGAGAGUGUGAGGAGGAUGAAUUCCCCUGUCAGAAUGGCUACUGCAUUCGAAGCCUGUGGCAUUGCGAUGGAGACAAUGAUUGUGGGGACAACAGUGAUGAGCAGUGUGACAUGCGCAAGUGCUCUGACAAGGAAUUCCGCUGCAGUGACGGCAGCUGCAUCGCGGAGCAUUGGUACUGUGAUGGUGACUCAGACUGUAAAGACGGCUCAGACGAGGAGAGCUGCCCCUCGGCAGUUCCUGCACCUCCCUGCAGCCUGGAGGAAUUCCAGUGCGCCUAUGGCCGCUGCAUCCUGGACAUCUACCACUGUGAUGGGGAUGACGACUGUGGGGACUGGUCCGACGAGUCUGACUGCUCCUCCCACCAGCCCUGCCGAUCAGGAGAGUUCAUGUGUGACAGUGGCCUCUGCAUCAAUGCCGGCUGGCGCUGCGAUGGGGACGCGGACUGUGAUGACCAGUCUGAUGAGCGAAAUUGCACUACUUCCAUGUGCACGGCGGAGCAGUUCCGCUGUAAGUCUGGCCGCUGUGUCCGCUUGUCUUGGCGUUGUGAUGGGGAAGAUGACUGUUCGGACAACAGUGAUGAAGAGAACUGCGAAAACACAGGAAGCCCCCAGUGUGCCUCAGAUCAGUUCUUAUGUGAGAACGGGCGCUGUAUCGGCCAGAGAAAGUUAUGUAAUGGUGUCAAUGACUGUGGAGACAACAGCGAUGAGAGCCCCCAGCAGAAUUGCCGGCCUCGGACGGGUCAGGAGAACUGCAACGUCAACAAUGGUGGUUGUGCCCAGAAGUGCCAGAUGGUUCGGGGAGCGGUGCAGUGUACCUGUCACACCGGCUAUAGACUCAUGGAGGAUGGGCGUUCAUGCCAGGAUGUGAAUGAGUGUGCGGAGGAGGGCUAUUGCAGCCAGGGAUGUACUAACAGUGAUGGCGCAUUCCAGUGUUGGUGUGAGGCUGGCUAUGAACUUCGACCUGACCGGCGAAGCUGCAAGGCCCUCGGGCCAGAGCCCGUGCUGCUCUUCGCCAAUCGGAUCGACAUCCGGCAGGUGCUGCCGCACCGCUCCGAGUACACGCUGUUACUCAACAACUUGGAGAACGCCAUCGCGCUUGACUUCCACCACCGGCGGGAGCUCGUCUUCUGGUCAGAUGUCACCCUGGAUCGCAUCCUGCGAGCCAACCUCAAUGGGAGCAAUGUGGAGGAGGUGGUGUCUACAGGCCUGGAGAGCCCAGGGGGGCUGGCUGUCGACUGGCUCCAUGACAAGCUGUACUGGACGGACUCAGGCACCUCUAGGAUUGAGGUAGCCAACUUGGACGGUGCCCAUCGGAAGGUGUUGCUGUGGCAGAACCUGGAGAAGCCCCGGGCCAUUGCCCUGCACCCCAUGGAGGGUACCAUUUAUUGGACAGACUGGGGCAAUACCCCUCGCAUUGAGGCGUCCAGCAUGGAUGGUUCAGGGCGACGCAUCAUUGCUGAUACUCACCUUUUUUGGCCAAACGGGCUCACCAUUGACUACGCCGGACACCGAAUGUACUGGGUGGAUGCCAAGCACCAUGUCAUUGAACGAGCUGACCUUGAUGGAAGUAACCGCAAAGCUGUCAUUAGCCAGGGCCUCCCGCACCCCUUUGCCAUCACGGUGUUUGAGGAUAGCCUCUACUGGACGGACUGGCACACCAAGAGCAUCAAUAGUGCCAAUAAGUUCACCGGAAAGAACCAGGAGGUCAUCCGUAAUAAGCUGCACUUCCCCAUGGACAUCCACACCCUGCACCCCCAGCGACAGCCAGCAGCAGGGAGAAACCGCUGUGGGAACAACAAUGGAGGCUGUACCCACUUGUGCCUGCCCAGCGGCCAGAAUUACACCUGUGCCUGCCCCACUGGCUUCCGAAAGACCAGCAGCCACACCUGUGCCCAGAGUCUUGACAAGUUCCUGCUUUUUGCCCGAAGGAUGGACAUCCGUCGGAUCAGCUUCGACACGGAGGACCUGUCCGACGAUGUCAUCCCACUGGCUGACGUGCGAAGCGCCGUGGCUCUUGACUGGGACUCCCGCGACGACUAUGUGUACUGGACCGAUGUCAGCACCGACACCAUCAGCCGGGCCAAGUGGGAUGGAACAGGGCAAGAGGUGGUGGUAGACACAAGUUUGGAGAGUCCUGCUGGCCUGGCCAUUGAUUGGGUCACCAAUAAACUGUACUGGACCGAUGCAGGCACAGACCGAAUCGAAGUGGCCAACACAGAUGGUACCAUGAGGACAGUACUAAUCUGGGAAAAUCUGGAUCGUCCUCGAGACAUUGUGGUAGAACCCAGGGGCGGGUUCAUGUAUUGGACUGAUUGGGGUGCAAGCCCCAAGAUCGAGAGAGCUGGCAUGGAUGCCUCAGGCCGCCAAGUCAUCAUCUCUUCCAAUCUGACCUGGCCCAAUGGACUGGCCAUCGACUAUGGGUCCCAGCGUCUCUACUGGGCUGAUGCGGGCAUGAAGACCAUAGAGUUUGCUGGGCUGGAUGGGAGCAAGAGAAAGGUGCUGAUAGGAACCCACCUUCCACACCCCUUUGGGCUGACCCUCUAUGGAGAGCGCAUCUACUGGACUGACUGGCAGACCAAGAGCAUCCAGAGCGCAGACCGGUUGACUGGGCUGGACCGUGAAACACUGCAGGAGAACCUGGAGAACCUCAUGGACAUCCAUGUUUUCCACCGACUAAGGCCGCCAGUGCACACUCCCUGUGCUGUGGGGAAUGGGGGCUGCAGCCACCUGUGUCUUCGGUCCCCACACCCCAAAGGUUACAGCUGUACCUGCCCCACGGGAAUCAACCUUCUGCCUGACGGCAAGACCUGUUCAUCUGGCAUGAGAAGCUUCUUGAUCUUCGCCAGGAGAAUAGACAUCCGCAUGGUCUCCCUGGACAUCCCAUACUUUGCUGACGUUGUGGUGCCGGUCAAUAUCACCAUGAAGAAUACCAUUGCCAUUGGGGUGGACCCCCAGGAAGGAAAAGUUUACUGGUCAGACAGCACACUGCGUAGGAUCAGCCGGGCCAACCUAGAUGGCUCCCAGAACGAGGACAUAAUCACCACAGGAUUACAGACCACCGAUGGGCUGGCUGUAGAUGCCAUUGGCCGGAAAGUAUACUGGACGGACACGGGAACCAACCGGAUUGAAGUGGGCAACCUCGAUGGGUCCAUGCGGAAGGUGUUGGUGUGGCAGAACCUGGACAGCCCCCGGGCCAUUGUGUUGUACCAUGAGAUGGGGGCUAUGUACUGGACAGACUGGGGGGAGAAUGCCAAGCUGGAACGGGCUGGGAUGGACGGCUCAGACCGUGCCGUGCUCAUCAACAACAACCUGGGCUGGCCCAAUGGGCUGACAGUGGACAAGGCUGGCUCCCAGCUGCUCUGGGCUGAUGCCCACACUGAGCGCAUCGAGGCCGCUGACCUCAAUGGUGCCAAUCGGCGCACACUGGUGUCGCCUGUUCAACAUCCCUAUGGCCUCACCCUGCUUGACUCCUACAUAUACUGGACUGACUGGCAGACCCGUAGCAUCCACCGUGCUGACAAGGGCACGGGGAGCAAUGUUAUCCUGGUGCGGGCCAACCUUCCUGGCCUCAUGGACAUCCAGGCUGUGGACCGACAACAGCUGCUGGGCUCAAAUAAAUGUGGCCCAAAGAACGGUGGCUGCUCUCACCUGUGUCUGCCAAGACCAUCAGGCUUUUCCUGCGCCUGCCCCACAGGCAUCCAGCUAAAGGGGGACGGGAAGACCUGUGACCCCUCCCCAGAGACCUACCUGCUCUUCUCCAGCCGAGGCUCCAUCAGACGCAUCUCCCUGGACACCAAUGACCACACCGAUGUGCACGUCCCCGUGCCUGAGCUCAACAAUGUCAUUUCCCUGGACUACGACAGUGUGGACGGGAAGGUUUAUUACACAGAUGUCUUCCUGGACGUUAUCAGGCGAGCUGACCUGAAUGGCAGUAACAUGGAGACCGUCAUUGGACGGGGGCUUAAGACCACUGAUGGCCUCGCGGUCGACUGGGUGGCCAGAAACCUGUACUGGACAGACACAGGCCGGAACACCAUUGAGGCCUCAAGGCUGGACGGCUCCUGCCGGAAGGUGCUGAUCAACAACAGUCUGGAUGAACCCAGGGCCAUCGCCGCCUUCCCUAGAAAGGGGUACCUCUUCUGGACAGACUGGGGCCACCUGGCCAAGAUUGAGCGGUCGAACCUGGAUGGCUCCGAGAGGAAAUUACUCAUCAACACAGAUUUGGGCUGGCCCAAUGGCCUCACCCUGGACUAUGAUACCCGAAGGAUCUACUGGGUGGAUGCUCACUUGGACCGGAUUGAAAGUGCCGACCUCAAUGGAAAGCUGCGGCAGAUCUUGGUCAGCCAUGUGUCCCAUCCAUUUGCUCUCACACAGCAAGACAGGUGGAUCUACUGGACAGACUGGCAGACCAAGUCAAUCCAACGUGUAGACAAGUACUCGGGCAGGAACAAGGAGACCGUGCUGGCUAACGUGGAGGGGCUCAUGGACAUCAUCGUGGUCUCCCCUCAGCGGCAGACAGGAACCAAUGCCUGUGGCGUGAACAAUGGUGGUUGUACCCAUCUCUGUUUUGCCAGAGCCUUGGACUUUGUCUGUGCCUGCCCUGAUGAACUUGAUGACCGGCCCUGCUCUCUAGUGCCUGGCCUGGUGCCGCCAGCUCCCAAGUCCACCAGCAUGAGUGAGAAGAGCCCAGCGCCACCCAACACCCCGCCUACCACAUCCCGCUCCUCCACAGCUCGGACCCGCACAUCCCUGGAGGAAUCUGAAGGAAGCUGCUCAGAGAAAGAUGGUGGCCAGGGCCUCUGUGCACAUUCCAAUGAGGCUGUACCUGCUGCUCCAGGGGAAGGGCUCCAUGUCAGCUACGUGAUUGGCGGCCUCCUCAGCAUCGUGCUCAUCCUCCUUCUCAUCGCUGCUCUCAUGCUGUACAGACACAAGAAAUUCAAAUUUACCGAUCCUGGCCUGGGAAACCUGACCUACAGCAAUCCUUCCUACCGGACCUCCACCCAGGAAGUGAAGAUUGAAACUAUCCCAAAACCAACCAUGUAUAAUCAGCUCUGCUAUAAGAAAGAGGUGAGGAGUGAGGCUGGGCCCGAGCACAACUACACCAAGGAGAAGAUCAAGAUCGUGGAGGGCAUCUGCCUCCUGUCGGGCGGUGGUGACGAUGCCGAGUGGGAUGACCUAAAGCAGUUACGAGGCUCAAGGGGGGGUCUGCUCCUCCGGGACCACGUGUGCAUGAAGACAGACACGCUAUCCAUCCGGGCCAGCACCGGCUCCUUGGAUGAUACUGAAACGGAACAACUCCUCCAGGAAGAGCAGUCAGAGUGCAGCAGUGUCCACACCGCCGUCGCCACCCCGGAGAGGCGCGGCUCGCUGCCAGACACGGGCUGGAAACAUGAACGCAAACUCUCCACUGAGAGCCAGGUCUAAGUGCCCAGAUGCCCCUCCUACCCCUCUGGUCCUUCUCCCUCGAAAACAAACUACCAGCCCUGUCCCCUCCAGCCCUCCCCACCCGGGUCCCACCCCAUCCCCAUCCCCAGACUCCCCACUGGAGCUGUUCUCACCAUUGUCCACGCCUGCAUCCGCACGAGAACCGAUGCCUCAACAGGACCACUCAGAUCCAGACGUGGUCGCCAAGCCUGCCCGCUCAUACCUGGUCCUGAGAGCACAACAGCCUUCUGAAGUCGGGCCUGGGUUUGACUCAUUCUUCAGUGCUGAUAUCCAGCUCACUCCCUUCCCUUAGCACCUUGAGCUCCUCAGCAGAGGCCCCAGGCUCAUCUGUCCGAGUCACUAGAGCUAUUUCUUAGUGGGGACUUACUUGCCCAGCCGGUAGCUGGAGUAAGGAGGGAGGAAUGGAUGGAGGGAGAGACUAAGGACAGAAGGGAAGACCUAGCGAUGAGUGAGGGCUGAGAAGAGAGGAGAAUUGGCCCAGCCGGUAUGGGCAUCCUCUCUGAUUUUGCCAGCAAACCUCCUAUCUCCAUAGAACCCCCAGUCUUUUGAAAAUAGGGAAAGGUUUUUGAAAGGUGGGCUGGCCUGGGUGUCCAUUGCUGGCAAUGGACGGUAUUAUUAGGUCCCUAGAAGUCACUGAUUAGGUCCCUAGAAGUCAGUAGCAAUACCUGCUGUUUUGGUUUUGAUGCUGCAGCUGGCUCCACCAUGAGUGGCCUCCCCCUCAUUGGAGGUCUUUGAACAAAGGCCAGAUGAUCACAUGCUGCGGUUGUAGAGGGACAGUUAUUUAGUAGGGGUUGAACCAGAGGGCUUCCUUGGACCCUUCCAUCUCUGAGAUGCAAGGAUUCCAAGUCUCCCAACAACCUUUCCUUUCUACCAGGAUUCUGGUUUUGGCCCCAUCUGCCUACCUAGGUCUGUGGGUGCCUGUCAUGAAUUUCCUGCUUAUCAAAGUCUUCCUGGUUCCAUUACUGGUCAGAACCUUCUCAAAAGGAAGUGGUCCUUGAAGCAGUCUGUCAGGUCCCCGGAAUGACUUGGGGGCCCAGACCGUGCAGUAUCCAUUGAGAUGCACCAGCUGGACCAAAUGCAGGUCUCUGUCCUGUAAUUUGAAAGCUUCUCCAAGUAUCCUCCAGCACUCUCCAAACGAACGUUUCAGGGAGUGACCAGAAGUUUCCAGGAAUGGUCAGGUGGAUUGGCCAGGGUGGAGAUUUGGGCUGUCCAGAGCCUGAAGGAAAGUGUUAAGGAAGCUGAACCUCUGAAGUUCUCUCUAAACAACACCAUGAUGUAAGCCUGUAGCUGAUGGGAUAAUGAAAGACCUUAUCCCAUCACAGCUUUUCAUGUUGGAAUCAAUUAGCUUAGCUGCUAUCUUCUGGCAUGUACCCAUUCUCCCAGGAGGCAAUAAGCCUCAGGCUAGUGCCAGAGCAGAGGAAAGGGGAGGGAUGCUGGCCCCUACCUUCCACCAACACCUUUCACUUUUGUUUCUUUUUCCAGCUCUAGUUACAUUGUGGUCCUCCAGGAGCUUUCUGAGAAGAGGGUUACUGGGAAGGGCAAGUUUUCUUUAGUGUCUCCUGUUUGAAAUAAAGGGCUGGACUGUGGGGAUGGCUACCGUCACCACCCCUCAGGCUCUGGGAUCUGCCCCCAGUCUCAUAUCUUCUGACCCUGGGAGACUGAUCAGUUGGGGGACAGAGAAGGCAGCCUUGGAGCAGUGGCAGGCUAUGGCCUGGCUCUGUUCAGUUGGGACCAGGCAUGCAAAAGAUGGCACAGUAUUAGGAAGGAAAGGACUAGGAGCCAGGAAGUGAGGUCCUAGCCAACCAUAGCUAAGUGCUUCCUGGUCUCUUCUGCCUAGGCUGCUGUGUAGGACCUGACUUUGGAAGCAGCUGCAUAGGAGGGAAGGGAUGCUCCUGGCCUCUAUCCUAGAGCAGGGGGGACAUUCCCAGUGGUCCUGCAGCCCAGCCAUGGAAAGGAGACCCUUCUCUUUGGAAAGGAGCUGGCAAUUUCCCAACUUGAGCAGUUCCUGGGCCCGACCUUGUCUGACUCGGGCUCUUCCCAUAGCUCACUAUUGAGAAAACAGGUACCAGCUUAGGCUAGUGAAGAAGGAGGACCAGGACAACCCUUUCCUGGCUGAUUCUAACAUGGCCCAGGGCAGCUACUUAUUCCCUCAGUGCUCCCUUCCCUGGCCUGUUCCAAGACUGGGCCCAGCAAGCUGCAUGGCCAGGACUGGAAGUCCUCUGAGUGUGUGGAGUGGGCGAGAUAGGGUACCAGGAAAGGGCUGGGGAGCUUUGAUGUCACCCGUAGAAGUGAAAGAACAAGGCUUCCAGCUCGAAGAGGGAGGAAACUUCAUUGUUUGGGGGGAAGGGGAGUGAGGAAACAGCUCCCCCGAAAAAGAGAAAGCUCUCAUUGCACCUGGCCUGUGCAGAAUGUAGAGAGGACAUAUUUGAUGAAUUAUCUAUUUGAGCACUGAUUUACUAUGUAAAAAGCAAAAAAUAUCUUUGUCCUAAGCUAAUGGAAGCAAUUCUCCUGCGCUCAUGUGUAAUGGUUUUAACGUUACUCACUGGAGAGAUUGGACUUUCUGGAGUUAUUUAACCACUAUGUUCAGUAUUUUAGGAAUUUAUGAUAAUUUAAUAUAAAUUUAGCUUUUCUUAAUCA